UACAAAAGUUUCACACAUUUUUUGGCAAUGGAGUUCACCAAAAUCUCAGCUCUCUUUCUCAUUGGCAUGCUUUUCAUUUCCUCCGCCGCUCCGAUCCUCGGUUGCGGUUCGUGCGGCAAACCACCGCCGAAGCACCGAAACCCUAAAGGGAAGUCCCCUAAAGGCCCCAUUCCUAUCCCUCCCAUUGUUCGACCCCCGAUCAACUUGCCACCCGUCGUCCCCCCAGUGACUGUGCCUCCGAUUGUGAAACCUCCCGUCGACCUCCCUCCGGUGUCGGUGGUGCCACCGAGUGGCAAACCGUGCCCGUCGGCUCCCACUUGCCCCAUUGACACGUUGAAAUUGGGUGCAUGUGUGGAUCUGCUGGGAGGGUUGGUGCACAUUGGGCUUGGUGACCCGGUUGUGAACACAUGCUGUCCGGUUCUUGCAGGGCUUGUGGAACUGGAAGCCGCUGCCUGUUUGUGCACCACUUUGAAGCUCAAAGUUCUCAACCUUAACAUUUAUGUCCCGCUUGCCCUUCAGCUUCUCGUCACUUGCGGCAAAACACCCCCUCCUGGUUACACUUGCCCUCUCUAGAUCCAAGGCUGCUAGGUUGACGGAUGCAAUGAUGAAAACGACAUGAGAGGAUGUCGUCCAUCUUUUCUUCUUCUUUUGCUUUUCAUUGUGCUUGAAUUUUCAUUUUCUUCUUCAUUUGGAUUGGAUUUGAAGCUUGUACUAGUGAUCACCGGUUGUUAUUGUUGUUUUAGUUUCCAGAGUUGUUUGCAAGUGAAUUUCCUUUCUCUAA